UUACCAACUAAAGCUACAAAAAUUAAAACAAAAUACAUCAAAAUAAUAAUGGAACGGUUCACCUUGCUUCUGUUAUGCUUCUCAUUGCUGCAUCAUACAGCUAUUUCUACAAUCAUAGACACUAUUAGUACUACACAGUACCUCACUGAUGGUGACACCAUGCUUUCAGCUGAUGAAAACUUUGCAAUUGGAUUCUUCGGUAUACCAGAAAGUUCCAUGAACCGUUACCUUGGAAUAUGGUACUAUAAAGUGCCAACUAGGACAGUGGCAUGGGUUGCCAACAGAAACACUCCACUUAAUGACUCAUCUGGAAUCUUGAAGAUCACUGACAAAGGAAUUCUUGCUCUUCAUAGUCAUAACAAUACCAUCAUUUGGCAUUCCAACUCCUCAAGAUUCGUGCAGCGACCGGUUGCAGUGCUUUUGGAUUCAGGGAACCUCAUUGUGAAGGAAUAUGGGAGCAACAACAAUGACUUAAAAAGCUUUCUUUGGCAGAGUUUCGAUUACCCUUUUGACACAAUGCUGCCAGGGAUGAAGUUCGGAAGCGACUUAAGUACAGGUUUGAAUAGGUACUUAACAUCUCAAAUUAGCCCCGAUGAUCCUUCUAAAGGUAACUAUACUUUUCAGCUUGAUAUUGUUGGAUAUCCAGAAUUAUGUAUAAGAAAUGGUGAAUCCAAGUCCUUUUCUAGUGGAUCCUGGAAUGGUCUUCGAUUUGGUGGAAUUCCCCGGUUAAAACAGAAUGCUAUAUACAACUACUACUUUGUUUACAGUAAGGAAGAGAUAUAUUAUACAUUUGAGCUUCUUAAUAGCUCAAUGUAUUCAAGAUUUGUGCUAUCUGCGGAUGGAAUCAUGACACGUUAUGUUUGGAGUUUGAGGAUACAAAGUUGGACACCCUACCUAACAUUGCCAAAUGAUAUCUGUGAUAGUUAUGGUAAAUGUGGACCAUAUGGUAAAUGUAAUAUAGACAACUCCCCUCCAUGUGAUUGCUUGAGCGGAACUGUACCUAAAGUCCCUGAAGAAUGGAAUCAGGCAGAUUGGUAUAAUGGUUGUAUUAGAAGUAAUCCGCUAAGUUGCCAUGGAGAUGGAUUCAAAAAGUUUACUGGUCUGAAGCUGCCUGAUACACAGAAAGCAUCAUGGUUAAAUACUAGCAUGAGUCUUGACGAGUGCGCGAAGUUCUGCCUGAAAAAUUGCUCCUGCAUGGCUUAUGCUGCAUUGGAUAUCAGCAACGGGGCAAGUGGGUGUUUAAUGUGGCAUGAUGAGCUGAUAGAUAUUAGAGUCCUGAGUGAUCCACAACAAGAUCUUUAUGUCAGAAUGUCCAAGAAAGAUUCAGAUGAAGAUGAAAAGUCAAAGGGUAGAUCUGAUAUCCCGAAGAUGCAGAUUAUUGUUUCCAGCUCAGUCUUAUUUAUAGGAAUGAUGAUGAUCCUAUGCAUUUCCUUGAUCCUGUAUAGAAGAAAGAAAAACCAGAAAAACUAUAGGAACAUGAGAGGCAACCCAGAAGAGCAUCAGGAGGAAGAACUAGAUCUACCAUAUUUUGAUAUGGCUACACUUAUUUCUGCAACCAACAACUUCUCCACCAAUAACAUAUUGGGAAAAGGCGGUUUUGGAGCUGUUUACAAGGGUGUGUUGGAAGAUGGAAGAGAAAUAGCAGUUAAGAGGCUUUCAGAAGAUUCUAGACAAGGUCUUCAAGAGUUCAAAAGUGAAGUUAUGCAUGUAGUCAAACUUCAGCACAGGAAUUUGGUGAGGCUUCUAGGAUGUUGCAUUCAAGCAGAGGAGAGGAUUCUAGUCUAUGAGUUUAUGCCAAAUAAAAGCUUGGACUACUUCAUAUUUGAUGAAGACAGAGGCAAGAUAUUAGACUGGCCUAAGCGGUUCAUUAUUAUAAUUGGGAUUGCACGAGGCCUUCUCUACCUCCAUCAAGAUUCAAGACAUAGAAUAGUCCAUAGAGAUCUUAAGGCUGGCAAUGUUUUGUUAGAUGAGGAAAUAAAUGCGAAAAUCUCUGACUUUGGACUAGCCAGAACCCUUGUAGGAAAUGAAAAUGAAGCAAACACGGCAACUGUUGUCGGAACUUAUGGCUAUCUAUCUCCAGAGUACCUUAUCGAUGGAAUAUUCUCAACAAAAUCUGAUGUCUAUAGCUUCGGAGUGCUGGUGUUAGAGAUAGUUACUGGAAAGAGAAAUAGAGGCUUCAACAAUAAAAAUCAUGGUUUUAAUCUUCUCGGACAUGUUUGGACUCUCUUCAUAGAUGGUAAGUGUUUAGAAAUAGUUGAUGGAUCAAUCAGAGAUGAUGACGCAUCGAAUUUAUGUGGAGUGAUAAGAGCGAUUCAUGUUGGUCUACUAUGCGUUCAAAGAAGUCCAGAGGAUAGGCCAAGCAUGUCACAUGCGCUUAUGAUGUUGAGUAGUGAAUGGCGACUGCCUCGACCGAAAAUGCCAGGCUUCUUUACUGAGAGAGAUCCUGUUGGUGACACUUCUUCAUCAGGCAACACUAAAGUAGUGUCAAUUAAUGAAGUCACAAUUAGUGAGCUGGAUCCAAGGUAGAGACGUUGUUUCAAAAAUCAGAACAUGAUUAGCUAACUCAGUACAUGCUAGAUGACAUUGAUUAAUGAUUAUACUAAUGUGAUGUAUCUUUGGUUAGAAUAAAUUUAAUUUAAAUUUGAAAAUAAGUAAAGUCAUCAUAUCAUUGGUUUAUAUAUAAACGGUAAUGCCUAUUAAUCUACCAGUUUAUUAAUUAAAUAUGUGAUACGUGAAUUGGGACCCUCAAUGUGAAGGAUAUG